AUGCAUUCCCACUCCUACACUCCUCGCCGAAUCCACAACGACUACUUCGGUAUCGAUGUCGGACUUCGCGGCAAGUCGCUUCUCGCCGUCAUCACCGCAAGCUGUGCCGCAGGCUUCCUUUUGGUUGGAUACGACAAUGGAGUCAUGGGGGGCGUUGUCGGCCUCGGCGAGUUCAACAAGACCUUCAACAACCCGGACGCAAACACCAUCGGCAACAUCGUCUCCCUUUACGAGAUCGGCUGCUUUUUCGGCGCCCUCUCAACCUUUGUCAUCGGCGACUUCCUCGGACGCAGGCGUACCAUCCUCCUCAGCUCGCUCGUCAUGAUCGCAGGCGCCAUCAUCCAGGCAGCCAGCUCCACCGUCGGCAUCAUGAUCCUCGGCCGCAUCGUCUCGGGUCUCGGCAUGGGUGCCAUCAAUUCCACCGUCCCCAUCAUGCAGGCCGAAACUUCGCCCGCCGUCUCCCGUGGCAAGCUCGUUUGCCUAGACUUGACAGUACUCAACUUUGGCAUAGUGAUUAGCUACUGGACUGACUAUGCUUUCGGCUUCAGCGGCCUCACGGGCAGCAAAAUCUGGCGCACUCCCGUCGCCCUCCAGUGUGUCUUCAUCGUCGUGCUCAUGGCCUGCACCCUCGUCAUCCCAGACACUCCUCGUUGGCUCGCCUCCAAGGGUCGCGAGGCAGAGGCCAUCGCCGUCCUUGAGCGCCUCCACAACGCCUCCAUCGACUCCCCCGAAGUCCAGCAAUCCUUUGCCGGUAUCCAGCAGGCCAUCCAGCACGAACGYGYCGYUGCCAASACCGGAKGGMGRGCYYUCRWYGCCAASGAYMRCAUYCAGACCCGCAAGCRUCUCUUCCUCGCCUGCUUCAUCCAGGCAGCCCAACAGCUKUCYGGUAUCAACGCACUUAUCUACWACUCGGGCACCCUCUUCUCCCAGUCGAYCGGCCUCGACASCRAAAAGUCUGCCCUCUUCGCCGGUGGCCUCAACAUGUGCCUUAUCCUCGGCUCCACCAUCUCCAUCUUCCUUAUCGACCGUGUCGGCCGCAGGAAGCUCCUCAUCCCCUGCAUUGCCGGUAUGGCCGCCGUCAUGUGCGUUCAGACCGGCCUGGUCAAGAAGACCCAGGAGGGAGGCGGUGCCAUCUACGGCCGCGCUGCCUCCGCCAUGCUCUUUGUCUUUGAGUUCUUCUUCUCACUCGGAUUCCAAGGAACCGUGUGGCUCAUUCCAAGCGAAGUGCUCCCCCUGCUCAUCAGGACCAAGGGAUCUGCACUCUCGACAGCCAGCAACUGGAUCUUCAACUUUGUUGUUGUCAAGUUCACCCCCUCUGCUCUGGAAAACAUCAAGUGGAAGACGUACAUCAUCUUUGCGAUCCUCAACGCCUGCUGGGUUCCCAUCAUUUACUUUUUCCUCCCCGAGACCAAGGGCAAAGCGCUGGAGGAAAUCGACGAGAUUUUCACCACCGAUGGCUGGCGCAUCGACAACUCCCACGCCGCUGCCGACACCAAGGCCGCCGCCGCCGCAGGCAACGCUGACAUCGACUACCCGGACGUCGAGACCGGCUCCAACAAGGGCUCGCACAAAGAGGGCGGCCUUGUCACCGCGACUCUCGACUCGAGGUAA